CGGUGUAAUAUUAAUCGUUUUCUCGGUGGAAAACAAAAUGACUUGUUUUGUCUGUUGGAUAUGACAAAAAAAGUAUUUGUUCUUAUCUUUCAAAGUGUUUUUCUGAAUGAUUUUCAGAGUUUCUUAUUUAGUUCGAAAAAAAAUGUCUUGUUUUGAUAAUAUCAUAAUGAUAUUGUCGAAAGACCGCUUUUUUUUGCUCAUAGGAAUUAAAAAACAUUGUUAGAUAAGAUUAUAGCAUCUUUCUUUCUCUAAAUUGCAGAAUGUAAUCUUUUUUUGGAGUUAUAUCAUACAUGUAUUCAUCUUGAGUUGUCUAUGUUGAAAAUAUGCAAUAGAAAGACUGAUGGAUAUCUGUAUCCAUGAAGGGUGAGUAAGAUCUCUGUUCACUAAAGAAGAGCCGUUGUAAGAGACAUAUGACACAGUUUAGUUUCUCAGUGUUCAUUUGUCGAUUUUUUAAGCCGAUGAUACGGCUGAGAAAUAUCGGAAAAUUUUCUCCUCCUAAAAUAUUUUAGAAGCAUAUACUGUCGACGAUGUUAAUUCUGAAUAUCAUGUUUAAAAUUUGAAUAGAAGGUUAUGUGAAAAACUGCAUUUACAAAGUCUGCUGGUACUCUUAUUUUUUUUCAUCAUAUUUAGACAACAUUCUUACCAAUUAGAAACGGUCAUACAUGUCUAAAAACGUUUGCUUAUUUUAAAUCUGUUCUAAACAAUAUUUUGACUAUUUAACGACAACUCACAUAAGCUAAAAAUGUGACUGCACUCGACUUGAUCGACGAUCGAAAAAUUCUGUCACUGUAAUUUCCGGUAAAAAAAUCUUUAAAUAUAUAAAAUAAAUCCUGGAGAUUACAAACGUCCUCCUCAAUCUUCGAAAACAUUUUCUUUUAUAUACUUAAAAAUUUAUUACAAUAUGUACAUAUAUUUGAAAGUAGCUAAUUACUUUUAAUUAUACGUGAUUGGAAAACACAGCAAGGUUUUUUCCUCUUCGAAAUACGCUCGUUCGCUCAGACAUAUUGAGUUGAAUAAUUGAUAUAAUUUUUAUUUUGAUGCAAGUUUUUAUUAGAUAAGAUUAUUAAGAUACGAGGAUUUUUGAAUAUUUCGAUCCCGAUAACGAAUCUUUGAGUACUUAAUACGUAGUAGGAAUAUGUUUGAAGAUCGAUUUAAAAUGAACAAGCAUUUGUAGAACUAGUCAACCACUUUUUGAUCGACAAAAAUGAAUGACUGUAGAAUAAAUUUGAUAAAAAAAUUAAAAAAAAUGCAAAAAUACUAUCAGACUUUGUUAAUGCAGUUUUUCACAUAAAAGAGUCCUUCACAUGUCUUGAUUUUUCUUACCUGACAAUAUUCUAAUUGAAUAAGGAGAUAAUGCAAUUUAUUACGCACACUACUAUAGAUCAACUCUUUCUAAUAGAAGAAAAAAGUGUGGGCGAAUAGGAAAACACCAGCUGGUAUCAUUGUUUCGUAGAAGAUGUUUUUAAUUACCAUUAUUUACGCGUUGAUGUUAUGUUUGAUUGAUUGAACCCGAUCGUUAAGGCUUCAAUUAUUUUGACAUACCGUUUAAAAGAAUAAUUAUUUAUGACGAAAACAGAAGUUUCUCUUCCUCUAAUGAAGAAAGAACUUUUUUUUCUCACAAAGUAUACAUAAUCGAAAUCUGCCAUUUUACACGGAUUAUAUUGCACAUGCAUUCGGAUACAGUUUCUUCGAGUAUGUAUUACAAUUUAUCAACAGAGUAAACAUAUUCUUUUCUUCUCUCUUUACGUUCUCCUAUUGAUCAAGAAUACAAAGUACUAUUAGUAUUUUCCUAAGAGUAACUCUGCCGUUUCUAAACUUGUAGACUAUUUUCAUAUAAUUCUUAACGAGAAGUAAUAAUAAUUCUUUUGAAAAUACUCUUAUUUAUCUAUAAAUCAUGUAUGUCAAAUGUAAUAAAUAACGUUCUGAUGUAGUUCAUAUUUGACGAUUAUCUUUUGUCGUUCUAUUCUAUUCUAUUGUUGUACUCGUAAAGUUCCAAUACAAGAGAUAUAAAUAUAAACAGAAAUAGAACAAUAGUAUCACUUGUAAUUAUACAUUAUACAGACAUAAUAGCUUCUUUUACGUUUAUUUAACCAAUCAACCAAAUAGAUCAUUGUAAUAGUUCAAUAAUUAAAAGUAACUAAACAAACACACAUUAUUUCUCACUUAUUGACUAACAACUUUAUAACAAUUUUACAUUCAAACAAAAAGAAAAAGUAAGUUAGAACAGAGCAAUUGAACCCUGUCACGAAAUGAAACUAGUUCGAUAGAUUAAACAUUAAAUCUGGAAUAGAGAGUUUAAGCUGGUCGAAUUAGACUAUAAACCUGCGCUAGCUAGCUAUUCUUAACAUUUUACUAGAUGAAAAUAGUUGUCAAUUUUGUGUACGCACUAUUGUUCCAAGACAAUUGGCUAGUUAAUUUAAAGCAGAUAUUUAAACUAAUUGUAAAACAAAACUAGUUUUAAAUUCGGAUGUUGAUAUCAAAGUUACAACAGAUUCUAAUAACAGACGUUCAAGCAACCCUCUAUCAACCGAUGUUCCACGUUUUUCUAGAUAUUUGGGUGAGAGUAUUCCUUUGGAACGUAUUUAAUUACUCGGUAAGCACCUGAGCAAGUACUUCAGAAAAAUCAGCAAAUUUUUGCAAAUUUGAGAAAGACAGACAGACGACAUCGUAUUCGGUUUUAUUAUUAUGACAUAUUUUGUGAAAGUAUUUGGUAGGUAAAUGGUAUAAAAUUCUAAAAUCUUCAGAACACAUAAAAAGCCUUAAUAGAAAAAGAAGACCAUACAUUUUUGAGAAAGAUAGCUGAUUCGAAAAACGACUCAGAAUUUUUCAAGAUUUUUUCUUUAUUUCUGAUAGACGUUUCAAAAAUUUAUGGUUUUCCGACAGUUCUUCUCUUAUCGGUUUAAAAUCUUUUGAAUUAGUCAAAAGAAACAGCACACGCUUCAGAAAUUUGUAAACAUCAGGUUUCGUCAUAAUUGGUUCAGCUGUUACAGAAAUAGUUUUCUGAUACAACGUAUCUAUUUCAUUUAUGCGUUUACCAUGUCAGACAAAUGGUACUAGAUCACUGCUGAAUAAAGGCUAUUAUUUACAACAUUAGAAGUUAAUACUAUUACAUACCUAAAAAUAACAAGGAGCAUAUUUUCGAUCAGCACUAUGUAGUCGUACUAAUAUAUAUUGUCGUUAAUCAUGCAUUUAUAUAUAAGGGGUGAGUAGAAGAUAUGAUUGAUUGGUUCAUAGACACACAAAUAUGCCGACAAUCUUUACUAUAAGUCGCAUUCUUAUUAGUUUACUGUGCACUAGCCAACCAUCUUCUUUUUGGGUAUCUUUUUUAACUGAGACUCCUUUUACGUUUGUUUUGAUUUAUUUUCAUUUUACUAAUUUUUGUUGUUGUUGUUUAGUGGAUCUAUGAAAAAAUGGUUGUAUUUACUGGAAAAAAAGAAGCACUUGACCAAUUAGGUUGGCAUGUUCAACUAGCCUUUAUCGGUAAUUGUACGGAAGUUGCCAAAGGUAUGAGUACUCGUUCGUUGCCACCAACCGAUCAGUAUACCCUUGCAUUUGAAAAUAUUCAAGUGUUACGCGGCAUUCUCGAAGAUACAACUCACUUUCAUUAUAUGCAAACAGGUGGCGGAGCAAUGAUUAUGUCAAAAGACGGUAAAACCUCAACACGUGCUCCUGAUCCUAAAAAACCACAAACAGAUAAGCUCUAUUUGGCAUUACUGACUGAUACAACUUAUAUUAGACAUUUAAUUGAAAUACAAGAAGAAGAUGUGGAAGAAAUUAAACAAAUUGCUGCUGCUUCUCCUCCUACUUGA